CGCGGUAUUUCCAUUGUUGUUAGACUUAAAAAAAAUCAGGCAAAACAAUUAGAAAUAUGUAAAAAAGAUAUUUGGUUUCAUUUGCUACAUCCCCACAAUAUCGAGAAUUAUCAAAUCAGAAAUGAGGCAAAACUAUUACUAGAGACUCCCUUUUUCUUCCCUGUUAUGGACACAAUUAUCAUAUAAUAUCAAAAGAUGUGAAAAUAGAUGUUUCUUGUCUGGAUGAGAAAUAUAGAGACAGAAGUGCUAUCAAAGCAUGCUCGCACAUAUCUCAGAAACCCACGGAGAAAUUGCCAAUAAUAUACAUGAGGGAGAAGCAGGCCCAAUCCCUUCCCGCCCAAGAUUGCCAAUCAACAGCACUACAAACUCCACACCUAAUCGUACUCCGUCAUUAUCCAAGCUGCCGAUCUCUCGUGCAGAAGAAGAUCACAUAGAGACAGAAUUGGCUGAUCAUGCACAAGUCUUCGACGUCGAAGCACAAGAGUCACGAUUGCAAGAAGUUCUUCCUAUGGUACAUAAAUGGACUCACACGCAUUCGAUUUUAAGUGUAGUGGCUGCGCCAUCAAAGGACUUGAUUCUCUGCGGUACUCAGGACUCAAAAAUUUUGAUUUUUGAAAUAUCGACCUUUUCUUUGAAACAUGUGAUGAACUGCGGACACCGGUCGUAUGGAGCUUCAGUUCUUUGUAUGACAAUUGACCCGGAAGAAAACUUUCUUUUUACUGCAGGUUCUGACUCAUUAGUGAAAGUAUGGGAUUUGAGUCCUUUCGACGAUAAGUCGGCCACCAUGUUCGACAUCAACUGUACACACCUUGUAUACUCUUCUGUGGACAUCGGGGACAUUUUCUCAAUUUCGUGGUCCCAAUGCUUGCUGACUCUAUUUAUUGGUGCACAGAAUGCAUCCAUCCUUUGGUGUAAAUUAGACUUCACUUCUGUGGACAAAUUACCUCAUUUAAGAUUUGAUAAAUUCUUUGACUCAAAGGGGCCUGGUGGCUCAAUCAAUCUGACUCAAAGUAAACAUCAGUUGCUUCGCACUUCUGGAAACUCAGGAACCAAAAGCCCUGCUUUGAUUGAAAUUGGUGGCGAGAAUAUCAUCAAUUUCGCUCACAACGGUUAUGUGUAUUGCAUGGAAUUCCUUUCACAACAGAAUGCACCUGAAUUUUGCGAUCUACACAAAAAUGAGUUUGACAUGUUUUUGGUGAGCUGCGGUGGAGACGGAGUUAUCAAGGUAUGGGGUAUAACUAUUAACGAAGAUGGGCUUUUGUCUAUGAAAGUUAAAUCUUCGCUUGAAAAUGAAGACUCCAUCUUGUCCAUGCACGUCAAGGAUUCAUCCAUUUACGUUGGACUCGGCAAUUCCAGUAUCAAUGCGUGGGACCUCACAACAUUUCAGUUGACCAGGUCCUUUCUCUUUGUGUGCGGCGAUGAUAAGUCCAAAUGUGAUGAAGUCCUUUCCUUAUGCAUCUACAACGAUUGCAUUUAUAAGGCGACCAACGAAGGGGGGCUUUGUAAAUUUGCAUUGAAGCAAGAUUCUCAUGAAAGCUUUGAAGAAGAACGCAUCGCCAAAGAUUGUCUGAUAAAAUUGGAUUUACAAGGCUUUCUUCGGCAAAGAUUUGUGGAAGUCGAGAAAAGCUCGGUAUUUGCAGUGCUGACAUUCGAGCAUUGUGGCUCGACAUUUUUACUCUCAGGAGGAUCAGGAUCACUUUGCCUUUGGAAUAUUACUAAUGUGGGUAUGGCGGACAGCUCGACUCUUGUGGCUGAGUCGCCGCCGGAUGCAAACCUCAUUGGGUCCAUCGAAACAUCCAAUAAUCAUUUAUUAAACUCGCUUAAAGAAGUGGUGACCUAUAAAACCAUUUCCAAGUACCCAAGUCUCUACUUGGAGGAAUCGAGACACUGUGCCAAUGUGCUUGGUAGACUUCUCAUGAGAUUGGGUGCGGCUGAUACAAAACUCUUACCAGUAACGGAUUGCAAUCCCAUAGUGUACGCAAACUUCAAGAGAGACAAGACAGAAAUGUCUGAUGAAAUCCCCAUGAGAGUUCUAUGGUACGGUCAUUAUGAUGUCGUGGACGCUAUAGAAGCCAAGGAUUUCUGGGAGACUGAUCCCUUUAAAUUAAGUGCCAAAGAUGGAAACUUAUACGCUCGGGGUGUGUCUGAUAACAAAGGGCCCGUACUUGCAGCUAUUUAUGCCGUUGCAGAACUUAAGAGAAGGAAAAAGCUUUCAACAGAUGUUGUGUUUCUCAUUGAGGGUGAGGAGGAAACGGGAUCCAUUGGUUUUCAGGAUGCUGUUAUCACCCACAAAGACAUGAUAGGUCAUAUCGACUGGGUCAUGCUUUCUAAUUCAUACUGGCUCGAUGAUGACACUCCGUGUUUGAAUUAUGGCUUGCGUGGAGUUAUUAAUGCAACGAUCUCUGUCGAGUCUGAAAAACCAGAUCGACAUUCCGGUGUCGAUGGUGGUGUCUCGAAAGAACCUACUAUGGACUUGAUACAGUUAGUGGGUCAACUCUCCUGUCAGCAAACGAAUAAAAUCAAAAUUCCCGGGUUUUACGAAAACCUCAUUCCGAUUGACGAGGCUGAACUUUCUCGAUUGGACAAAAUUAAACAAUAUGCGAGAAGAAACAAUAUUCCAGAAGCAGACUUAGACACGCUUUUAGCGAAAUGGAGAAACCCUUCGUUGACAGUCCACAGAGUUGAUGUUUCUGGGCCCAAAAAUAAUACGGUUAUCCCCCAAAGAGCAAAAGCAUCUAUUUCAAUCAGAGUUGUUCCUGGGCAAGAUCUCGUGGAAAUAAAAAGAGAACUCGUUUCUUUUUUGCAAGAGAAGUUUAAUAUGUUGAGAUCGGAAAAUAAGAUACUGGUCGACUUUUUCCACGAGGCAGAGCCAUGGCUCGGGGACCCUGAUAAUUUGGUGUAUCAGAUCUUAUAUCAAAAAAUGAAGAAAAAUUGGGGCGUCUCAUUUCCUGAUCCGUUGUUCAUUCGUGAAGGUGGAUCAAUUCCGUCUAUCCGAUUUCUUGAAAAAGCAUUUGACGCGCCUGCUGCUCAGAUUCCAUGUGGUCAAGCAAGUGAUAAUGCUCAUUUGAAAGAUGAGAAGCUUCGGGUGGUGAAUCUUUUAAAAUUGAAAGAUAUUCUACAAGACACGUUCGAAGAAUUGGGCCUUCGUAAGCUGGAGAUUCCGAAGUGA